GGGUAUGUUUUCUGCUUCUUAUCUCGGCUCUAGGGUUAAUUUCGGUGGUGUUGCUGGGAUUGACCUUUAUGUUGCCUCUGUGAAAAGGAGUCGUAGUUGAAUUAAGAUUCAAAUCAGAAAAAUUAUGCAUGUUUGGUUUUUGAGUUAGGAUUUGCUUUGAUUUCAAUAUUCAAGGAUGCUUAUAUUUCAGCUCAAGCUUGGUUUGUUGAGGUAGUGUAUUGGAAUUGUUUAAGUUUAGGAGGUUCCUUAGGUUGGUUUGUGACAUAGUUUGUGUUUUUGUUCGAAUUUUGAAUUGUUGGGUGUACUUUGGAAGUUUAAGAAUUGUGUUGUGUUUCUGGAAGGGAAAAACAAGUGAUAAAUUUUUCUAUUGGAGUGUGUUUUGGGGUUUGUAUCUACAAAUGGAUAACUCCAAAAACAGGAUUAAUGAUAGUUUGGGUGUGAAUAAGAUUGGGAAAAAUAUAAGAAAGAGCCCUUUACACCAGCCCAAUUUUGGAAAUAAUGCUGCUAGACAACAGCCACAGCCUCAGGUUUACAACAUAAGCAAGAAUGAUUUUCGCGACAUUGUUCAGCAGCUUACUGGAUCGCCAUCACAAGAACCUCCACUUAGGCCUCCACCAAACAAUCCACCAAAACCGCAGAGUAUGCGACUGCAGAAAAUUAGGCCUCCCCCAUUAGGACCAAUUGCUCGGCCUCGCCACCCUCCACCAAUGCCAGCUCCCACAGCCCCUCCUCCAAUUCCUUAUAGUAGUGCCAUGCCUAGACCACCUCAGUUUGGACAGCCGUCACGCUCCCCUUUGCAACCAUUUACACCAGUUGAUAUAUGGACUAACACAGCUGAGAGUCCUAUCUCGGCUUACAUGCGUUACCUUCAAACUUCAAUAAUGGAUCCUGGUCCAAGGGGUAAUCAAGUUCACCCUCAACCGUAUCGACACCCACAACUGCCUCCACUCCCUCAACCACAAGUAUCGGGAAAUGGUCGGCCUCCACCACCUUCAUCCGGUUUGCUUCCUAAUCCUCCCAUGCCAGUGGUUCCUUCUCCAAGAUUAAAUGGUCCUGUUCCACCAACAAAUGCCACUAACCCUCCAGUGCCUAGCUUUCCUUCUCCACAUCCACAAGCAAAUGGACCUCCGCUUCUACCUUCUCCAACCUCACAAUUCCUCCUGCCUUCUCCAACCGGUUUCCUAAAUUUGCUAUCACCUCCCCCUCGGUCUCCUUAUCUACCUCUGUCGCCAGGAAUUCAGUUUCCAUCUCCUCUUACACCCAAUUUUCCUUUCUCACCAAUGGCACAAUCUGGGAUUUUAGGUCCUGGUCCUCAACCUCCACCUUCUCCAGGUUUUAUGUAUCCGUUAUCUCCUUCAGGAUUUUUCCCCAUUGCAAGUCCUAGGUGGAGAGAUUACUAGCUUCUCAUUUUGUGUUUAAAUGUUUUAUUGGGAUGCGUCCUUCUAACUGGACUGAACUUAGUCUUGUUCAUUGCCACGCAAUGUACAAUCAAGUUGUAAGAGCACUUUUUGGCUUUUUGUAGUGUUAAUUUCACAUUCCUUUGUUCAUAACCAAUGGCUGCAAUCCUUUUACUUUGACAAGCGUUACAUUAGGUAAAAUAUUGAACAUCAGACAACUCAAUCGGACAGUUGGAUGGGAGCUGUAAGAUGGAAGACUAAUCUGUAACAUGAAGGGAAUAGGAUUACAGUAAAUAUCUAUGAUGUAGAUUAGGUCAUGUUCUUUUGUAAUAUAAUGGAUUACACCUUAAAGUGCAUAGUGAAUUUAAUGUUAAGUUUAUAUAGAAGUUGUUUUAAAUACUUGUCUUAGUGUAUUAUCAUAUAAAUGAUAAUUGCUUUGGCAUUUUUCUA